AUGGCGGAGCUCGGUAAGAAGUACUGCGUGUACUGCCUGGCCGAGGUGAGCCCGCUGCGCUUCCGCUGCACCGAGUGCCAGGACAUCGAGCUGUGCCCCGAGUGCUUCUCGGCCGGCGCCGAGAUCGGCCACCACCGCCGCUACCACGGCUACCAGCUGGUGGACGGCGGGCGCUUCACGCUGUGGGGGCCCGAGGCAGAGGGCGGCUGGACCAGCCGCGAGGAGCAGCUGCUGCUGGAUGCCAUCGAGCAGUUCGGCUUCGGAAACUGGGAAGACAUGGCCGCUCACGUCGGAGCUUCCCGCACGCCGCAGGAGGUGAUGGAGCAUUACGUAAGCAUGUACAUCCACGGAAACCUGGGGAGAGCCUGCAUCCCCGACACCAUCCCCAACCGGGUGACCGACCACACGUGCCCCGGCGGAGGGCCCCUGUCCCCCAGCCUCACCACCCCCUUGCCUCCCCUAGACAUCUCGGUGGCCGAGCAGCAGCAGCUGGGCUACAUGCCGCUGCGUGACGACUAUGAGAUCGAGUACGACCAGGACGCCGAGACGCUCAUCAGCGGGCUCUCGGUCAACUACGACGACGAGGACGUGGAGAUCGAGCUGAAGCGCGCGCACGUGGACAUGUACGUGCGCAAGCUCAGGGAGAGGCAGCGGCGCAAGAACAUCGCGCGCGACUACAACCUGGUGCCCGCCUUCCUGGGCAAGGACAAGAAGGACAAGGAGCGGCCGGCCAAGCGCAAGGUCACCAAGGAGGAGAAGGAGCUGCGGCUGAAGCUGCGGCCGCUCUACCAGUUCAUGUCGUGCAAGGAGUUCGACGACCUGUUCGAGGGCAUGCACAAGGAGAAGAUGCUGCGGGCCAAGAUCCGCGAGCUGCAGCGGUACCGGCGCAACGGCAUCACGAAGCUCGAGGAGUCGGCCGAGUACGAGGCGGCGCGCCACAAGCGCGAGAAGAGGAAGGAGAACAAGGGUGCGGCGGGCGCCAAGCGGGGCAAGGAGGACGCCAAGGACGGCGAGUUCGCGGCCAUCGAGCACCUGCCGGGCUUCGAGCUGCUGUCGGACCGCGAGAAGGUGCUCUGCAGCUCCUUGAACCUGAGCCCCGCGCGCUACGUGACCGUGAAGACCAUCAUCAUCAAGGACCACCUGCAGAAGCGGCAGGGGAUCCCCUCCAAAAGUCGCCUUCCUAGUUACUUGGACAAAGUCCUAAAGAAAAGGAUUUUAAAUUUCCUCACGGAGAGCGGGUGGAUAUCCAGGGACGCGUCCUGAACGCGCGUGGCUUUGCGGGCGGGCGCCGAGCUCGGGGCGCCAGGCAGCGAGCCCCUAGGACUCGGGGUGA